AUGGAGCUUUUGCUUCUAAGGGGACUACUCCAGCCCAGAAUCAUUAGCAGCCUCCAGUGGAUACCUGAACAUGUUAAGAGGUUGAAGCUGAAUGUUCCAGGAGGUGUAGGAGGACCAAAGUCUAUUGCUGUCAGAAGUGAAGAAAGAUUGGAUAGUCUAGGGCUGUUCUCCUUAAAACAGAGGAAGCAGAGACAUGACUUAAUUGAGAAAUACAAAAUAAUUAAAGGGCUUAAAGUGAACAGGAAGAUCUAUUUCCCCCAGCAGAGAGAUUCUCGGAAGGAGAAGGAUCUGCGAGGAUCACUGAAAGCCGAAGUGGAAAGGAAAAUCAAUAAAGAAGAUGUAGUAAUUAUGGAUUCUCUAAAUUACAUCAAAGGCUACAGAUAUGAACUUUUCUGCCUGGUAAAGCAUGCACAGACCCCACACUGCCUGAUUCACUGUGACACUGCUGUCGAUGUCUGUUCAUUGUGGAACCGGAACAGAGAGCCAGAGGAGCAAUACUCCCAAGAAAUUUUCGAUGCAUUGGUGAUGCGAUUUGAGGCUCCAGAUUCCCGGAACCGGUGGGACAGUCCAUUGUUCACCAUCCAGAAAGAAGAUACCCUCCCAUUUGAGGAAAUUUGCAACGCAAUCUUCCAUAGGAAAGCCCCACCGCCCAACCAGUCAACGUUGAAUGUGAGUGAAGACAGCGAGCGGUGCCAAUGUAUUCAGAAUUGCCAGUAG